AUGCUUUUAAAUUUGUAUUUUCUUUUAGCUUUUCAUAUUUUAUGCUUGGCUAAACUUACGCAAGGCGUUGAUAUAUCAGAGAAUAAAGGAUCAUUAACACCGUUGGAACUGAAUGUUUUACAAAAUAAAUUCGCGUCCUACUAUGCAAAUGACACUGUUAGCGUAAAAGGUAUUACAAUCGGUGGUUGGUUGGUAACAGAACCUUACAUCACACCAUCGCUAUAUCGUAAUGCCACAUUAUUGGCCAAACAGGAAAAUUCUUCCAGAAAUAUAUCCAUUAUUGAUGAGUUCACUCUUUGUAAAACCUUAGGAUAUAAUACAUCUCUAACUUUAUUAGACAAUCAUUUCAAAACUUGGAUUACCGAGAAUGAUUUUGAGCAAAUCAAAACCAACGGCUUUAAUCUAGUUAGGAUCCCCAUCGGAUAUUGGGCAUGGAAACAAAAUAGUAGAAAAAACUUGUACAUUGACAACAUUACUUACCAUGAUCCAUACGUAAGUGAAGGGCUGCAAUUAAAAUAUUUAAAUUAUGCUCUCGAUUGGGCGCAAAAGUACGAACUAAAUGUAUGGAUAGAUUUACAUGGUGUCCCUGGAUCGCAAAAUGGAUUCGAUAAUUCCGGUGAAAGGAUGCUCUAUGGUGAUUUGGGAUGGCUAAGGUUGAACAACACUAAGAGGCUGACCCUGGCUGUCUGGAAAAAUAUGUUUCAAAGUUUCUUAAAUAAAGGGGACAAUAGUCCGGUGGUGGGUCUUGAGAUUGUCAACGAGCCACUUGGUGGUAAAAUUGAUGUAUCAGAUAUAACAGACAUGUAUUACGAAGCAUUUGACUUGUUCAAGGAAAAUCAAAAUUCGAGUGAUAACACCACAUUUGUUAUCCAUGACGCCUUUCAGGAAAUUGGUCAUUGGAACUUGGAACUAAAUCCAAAUUACCAGAAUGUCUCGAAGCACUAUUUUGGAUUGACUAGUGAGAACUAUAGCUCUCAUGAUAUUUUAGUCGAUCAUCAUCAUUAUGAAGUCUUUACUGACGCACAAUUGGCCGAAACUCAAUUUUCACGUAUCGAAAACAUUAUAAACUACGGGAAUUCCAUUCACGAAGAACUUUCCUAUCAUCCUGCAAUCGUCGGAGAAUGGUCAGGUGCCAUCACCGAUUGUGCAAACUGGCUAAAUGGAGUGGGUGUAGGUGCACGUUACGAUGGCUCAUAUUACAAUUCUACGUUGUUUACUACGGACGAUGAACCAGUUGGAAAGUGUACCUCCCAAAAACCCUUGGAUGAUUGGACACAAGAUUACCGAGAACAUGUGAGACAAUUUAUUGAGGCACAACUAGCCACCUAUUCGUCAAAAACAACGGGAUGGAUUUUUUGGAACUGGAAGACUGAAGAUGCUAUAGAAUGGGAUUAUUUGAAGUUAAAAGAGGCCAAGCUUUUCCCUGCUCCUUUUGAUAACUAUACAUACUUCAAAGCAGAUGGAUCCAUUGAAGAAAAAUUCUCAUAUUCUUUGUCAACGCAAGCAUUCCCAAGAACGACAUCCUCCAUUUCACCCUCUACUACGAGUGCUUCCAGAAAGAGUAAGAACUUUGCAAUCUCUAGUAAGAUAACAGCGCAACACUUAUUACCAGUUGACAAUAUGAGCUUUAUUUGGAAAAUCAGUAUGUGCACUUUUAUAGUCACAAUCACCACAAUUUUUGCUAUUCUUUGA